AUGGAGGAUAGCAUCCCGAAUCAUUCGUUGAAGAUACCAACAGCCGACAGCAGCACUCAGCUCGUGAAGCCCGAUGUCGACGCCAAAAUGCCGCCGUCGUCAUCGUCAUACAAUCUCGAUCAAGGCAACGUCGUCUACCAAAUUGUCUAUCCAUAUGCCACUAUGGAUGAUCGCAGCCAAACGCUCGCCUAUGGAAAUGAAUAUCAAUCGACCAAUGCCUGUACCAAGACGCCUUCGGAAUUCUCGAGGCCGGUGACGCCCAUUCACGUGACGCCGCCAGAUUCCAGCGAAGGCUCGCCGACGGUUCCCGUCGUGUGCGGCAACAUCACCGGCAAACUUCACGUCAACUUGUUCCUCUGCCCCGGCAUUCAUCAGCCGUGCGUCGAGUAUGACGGCGAACUCCUCUCGCCGAAACAAUUCACCGUGCGCGGCGACAAGGAGAAGCAAAAAGAUUGGAAGGCGAGCAUCCGAAUCGGACGAUCAACACUUCGAAGUCAUAUGGAAGCCGGCACCGUCGACUUCUACGAUCACGAGCAUCGAUGCAGCGGCAAAUGUCAGAGUCGCAACUACGUGAACAGUCCCGCUGAACGCGAAGAAGUGAUGAUGAUGCGAAAAGCGAAGAGAAUCGUCAACAAUUCCCUUCUACACAUGGAAAUUACUGGUGAACUGACGGGCCUUGGAAACGACGCACAAUCGGGCGAUUCGACGAUCGAUGGCGACAAAAAAGGUGUGAAUGAUGUGUUUAAAGAAAAGAAGGCUCGUGGUCGUCCACGCGGUUCCGGCAACAAAAAUCGACCGCCAAAGCGUGAAGCAAUGAAAAUGGACAAGUCAGAUCAGUAUUUCGAAUAUUUCGAACCCGACGAGGAUAUGAUCAAUCCGAAUGAUUUGAAGUACGAUGGAAUGGAAGGGUGCACGAGUUUCGCCGAAAUUCUCCAAUGCCUCCUACAUGAUCCGUCAACGUUCUGGAGCCAAAUGCACAACACCGGUGUGAUUUCGCAUUUCUGCGACGACAUCGUCAUCAGCGCCAUCAAUUUGAAGCACGCCGUGACGACGUCUCAACACCAGCUCACCAAUUCACAGGCCGAAAUGCUCACAAGAGCCGCAUUCGCGUUCAGCAUUCAAAGCACCAUCGUUCAACGCGUGCAGGCGAUCGAAUUGAGCGUCGCACAGCAGCGGAAGCACAACGAAAUGAUGAUGCAAAUAUUCAAUAAAAAAGAGGAGAAGGACCAAAAUAACAACAACGUUGAAACCAGCAACACGAAUUCAAACAUGGAAGCUGGCGAUUGUGCAAUGAGUAGCUCUUCACGUGUCAUUAAACGAGAGGUCCAUGAAAUAAUUGACGUGGUUGGGCCAAUCGACAAAGAGUGA